CUUCACUCGUAGUAGAUUUAUCUUUUCUUUAUUAGUUUCAUUGUGAAUGGUAUUGUUCGUCAUGGAAAAUUUUUAAAGAUUUUUUUGUUCAAUACAACUUCACUCUGUGUGGUGUAGUUAUUUAACGAAAUUGUAUUGCAAUUGAAAUAAUUAUGAUAACAAAAAUGCAAUCACAAGCAAAUGUUGCCGUGCCUCAAUCUGUCACGACACAGCCUCAACAAAUUGUCGGCGUUCCUGCUAAUGCCGUGAUCUUGAAAAUGUCGGAGAUACAACAAAUAUCUACCGUGGGACUGUUGGAGCUCGCGCACAGAGAGUAUCAAGCUGGCGAUUAUGAUAGUGCGGAAUUGCAUUGUAUGCAACUAUGGCGUCAGGACGGCACCAACACGGGAGUUUUGUUACUGCUGUCUUCCAUACAUUUCCAGUGUCGACGAUUGGAUAAAUCCGCUCAUUUCUCAACACUGGCUAUUAAGCAAAAUCCUUUAUUGGCUGAAGCAUACAGUAAUCUCGGGAAUGUCUAUAAAGAGCGUGGUCAGCUUCAAGAGGCUCUUGAAAAUUACCGUCAUGCAGUGAGGCUAAAGCCAGACUUCAUCGAUGGGUACAUCAACCUGGCAGCAGCACUUGUUGCUGCUGGAGAUAUGGAGCAAGCGGUACAGGCAUAUGUUACUGCACUCCAGUAUAAUCCUGAUCUCUACUGCGUUAGAAGUGACUUGGGCAAUUUGCUCAAGGCCUUGGGACGUUUGGACGAGGCUAAGGCAUGUUACUUGAAGGCCAUCGAAACGAGGCCAGACUUUGCAGUGGCAUGGAGUAAUUUAGGAUGCGUGUUUAACGCACAAAGUGAAAUUUGGUUGGCCAUACACCAUUUUGAAAAAGCUGUGGCAUUGGACCCGAAUUUUUUGGAUGCUUAUAUCAAUUUGGGAAAUGUACUUAAGGAAGCAAGAAUUUUUGACAGGGCAGUGGCAGCUUACCUUCGAGCUCUUAAUCUAUCGCCGAACAAUGCAGUUGUUCACGGUAAUUUAGCUUGCGUGUACUACGAACAAGGACUCAUUGAUUUGGCUAUUGACACCUAUAGACGCGCUAUAGAACUACAACCUAAUUUCCCUGACGCAUAUUGUAAUUUGGCCAAUGCGCUCAAAGAAAAAGGACAGGUGGCAGAUGCAGAAGAAUGUUAUAACACAGCAUUAAGGUUGUGUCCAUCCCACGCAGAUUCUUUGAACAACCUGGCGAAUAUCAAACGUGAACAAGGAUAUAUAGAGGAAGCCACGCGCUUAUAUUUGAAAGCGUUGGAAGUCUUCCCUGAAUUCGCUGCAGCCCAUAGCAACUUAGCGUCAGUUUUGCAGCAACAAGGAAAAUUAAAUGAAGCACUCAUGCAUUAUAAAGAAGCAAUUCGCAUUCAGCCAACCUUUGCGGAUGCCUACAGUAACAUGGGUAACACCCUUAAAGAAAUGCAAGAUGUGGCUGGAGCCUUGCAAUGUUAUACGAGGGCCAUCCAAAUCAACCCCGCAUUUGCCGAUGCACACAGCAACCUUGCUAGUAUCCACAAAGAUUCUGGAAAUAUUCCAGAAGCUAUUCAGUCAUACAGAACUGCUCUCAAAUUAAAACCAGAUUUUCCUGAUGCUUAUUGCAAUUUGGCACAUUGCUUGCAAAUAGUAUGUGAUUGGACCGACUAUGAAGCACGAAUGAAGAAGUUAGUCAGUAUCGUAGCUGAGCAACUCGAGAAGAAUAGACUUCCAUCCGUCCACCCUCAUCACUCUAUGUUGUAUCCUUUGACACACGAAUUCAGAAAAGCCAUAGCAGCUCGACAUGCAAACUUGUGCUUAGAAAAGGUACAAGUUCUCCAUAAGCCGCCAUACAAAUUUCCAAGAGAUUUACAGAGUCGUUUGCGAAUUGGAUAUGUUAGUAGCGAUUUUGGUAAUCACCCAACGUCCCAUUUAAUGCAAUCAGUACCGGGUUUGCACGAUCGCAGCAAAGUAGAGAUCUUUUGUUACGCUCUAAGUCCUGACGAUGGUACUACAUUCCGUUCAAAAAUAGCUAGAGAGGCGGAACAUUUUACCGACUUAUCUCAAAUGCCGUGUAACGGUAAAGCGGCUGAUAAGAUUUAUGGAGAUGGUAUACACAUUUUAGUAAAUAUGAAUGGGUAUACUAAAGGAGCUAGAAAUGAAAUAUUUGCCUUGAGGCCGGCUCCGGUACAAGUUAUGUGGUUAGGAUACCCAGGAACGAGUGGAGCUAGUUAUAUGGAUUACUUAGUAACCGACGCAGUGACAUCGCCAGUAGAACUAGCUAGCCAGUACAGUGAGAAGUUAGCUUAUAUGCCACAUACUUACUUUGUCGGUGACCAUAGGCAAAUGUUCCCACACUUGCAAGAAAGACUUAUCUUGAGUGAUAAGGUGAAAUCCCAUAAUAAUUUGGGCAGUGUAGCCGACAAUGUUGCAGUAAUUAACGCAACCGACUUAUCACCGCUUGUUGAGAAUACUGAUAUUAAGGAAAUUAAAGAAAUCGUAAGAGCUGCAAGACCUGUUGAAAUUUCAUUAAAGGUAGCCGAAUUACCUACCACAACACCCAUCGAAACGAUGAUAGCCUCCGGCCAAGUUCAGACUUCUGUAAAUGGAGUAAUUCUUCAAAAUGGUUUAGCAACGACACAAACUAACAAUAAAGCGGCGACCGGCGAAGAAGUACCCCAAUCCAUUGUAAUCACAACACGUCAACAAUACGGAUUGCCUGACGAUGCUGUGGUGUACUGUAACUUUAACCAGUUGUACAAGAUAGACCCGUUAACUCUACAUAUGUGGGUCUAUAUCUUGAAACAUGUACCUAACAGUGUACUAUGGCUUCUCCGAUUUCCAGCUGUUGGUGAACCAAAUCUUCAAUCUACAGCUCAACAAUUAGGACUACCGCCCGGCCGUAUUAUAUUUUCUAACGUAGCCGCCAAAGAAGAACAUGUGCGUCGCGGACAACUUGCCGAUGUGUGCCUAGACACACCUUUAUGUAAUGGACACACAACAAGCAUGGAUAUACUUUGGACUGGUACUCCAGUUGUAACCUUGCCUGGAGAAACAUUGGCAUCCCGUGUGGCUGCAUCACAAUUAAACACUCUUGGGUGUCCAGAGCUUAUUGCUAGAACAAGGCAAGAAUAUCAAGACAUAGCUGUAAGAUUGGGAACAGACCGUGAAUAUUUAAAAGGAAUACGAGCGAAAGUUUGGACGGCGCGUAUGGACAGCCCGUUGUUCGAUUGCAAAGCAUAUGCCUCAGGUCUUGAGAUGCUUUAUAAUAAGAUGUGGGCGAGGUACGCACGCAACGAGCGCCCGGACCACAUACAGGCUAUAGACAAAUAGAUAUCGCACGGUGAACACAGUGAGUGGACGUCUAAGAAACGCCGUUGGUGCUAAGUGAGUGAAGUUUUAAGUGAAGGAAUAUAAGUGAUUGAUGUGACUUAAUGUCAAUGAUGCUGUGUGUCACUGAUAAAUAAUAAAACAUAGAUUGACGAGUGAUUUUGGUUUGGACAACCAUUUUGUCCCGGUUUUUUCAACGGUAUUUGCUUAGACUUUUCUAGUCAUACAGACGCAUGUAGUCUCGAAUUGUUCUAGAGAUAAUACUGACAUGGAAUCUAAAUAUACUAAGCAAUAAUUUAUUAUGAUGUUACUGUGGCCUUGAUUGCACAAUUUUGCAAUAAUUUAGCUAUUACGUAAAAUGACAUUGCAAGAUAUUCUGGCAGUAGGUAAAUGUUAUCCUUACUUGUUAUGGUAUCUUGUAUAGUGAUAGCAUCAGUGAAUAUUUUUAAUUACUUAGAACAGAGAAACUCCAUUAUGCUUUUUCAAUUUUUGCAAUAUUAUUCUAUUAUAAUAGUAAUAAAUAAAAUUGAAACAAAUUACAUGAUUGAAACCAAUGUUAUUCUAACUGUAAUUUAACUGGUUGUAGAACAAUCUGGUUUUGUCCAUAAUAACCCGACAAUAUUUAUUGAAAUGUAAAAUAUGAUUAUUAAUAAAAUUAAUUAGUUCCAAAAUUAAUUAAGUACCAGUGUAAAUUUAGUAAUUAUAUUAUUGUCAGCCAAAAUGCUAUAAAUGUACAAAAUAAUGCAGCAUCAUAGAAAGGUUAGAAUUUUUGGGAUUUAAAUAAUUUGAAAGCAAUAAUACAUAUACAAUGUAGAAAAUUAUAAAUUUGCUUUUAAAUCAGUGAAAUAAACUUGGUAGAUCAUCAAGUUUGAAAGUGAAAUUGUGGCAAAUACUUUUUUUUAAUUCAUGACACAAAAUGAUAUUAUUGUAAAAUGCAUAUUUUGUCAAUCAGACUGAUGGUCGACCAAAUUUUAAAAUUGUGAUGUUUCUGCCUUGUCUGAAAUACAUGUUUUAUGGUAGGGUUGCCUAGUGGGUUGCACAGAAUAAGAAUAUUUAUAAAUUGAUGAUUGAGAGAAGUUUUAAAUUUUGUUCCAUUUUAUUAUGCUUCGAAACCACAUUAUUGAUUAGUUAAUCAACAAAAAUGUUAUUCUUUAUUUGUUCUACACUUUAUAAGGUGACCCUAAUUUAUGCUAAUCAUUAUGUAAACCAAUUUAAUUGUAUGUUGCGAGACUGAAUUGUCCUAUUAUGUAAUUCAAAAAUAAAAGUUGUAUUUAGUUCCAUGGUUAGUAGCUUAUUUACAAUAUAAGCAAAUAAUAAAUUGUGAUUGUAGGUAAAGUAUUUUUGACUUAAUAUUAGGUUACAUUGAUAAAAACUGAUAGAAAUGAAACAAACUAUUCCAAUCCAAUAAUAAAUAAACAAAUGUUAUUUACAUAUUAUAUUAUUAUGAGCAGUUCUUGAUUAUAAUAUAUAUGUUUAUUUAUAAUACAACACUUCCGCUUUACUUAUUUCCAUAUUAGAUUUACAUAAAAUUCUGACAAAUUAUUAGAUAUUCAAUAGAUUAUUUAAGAUCUCGUUUAAUUAUAUCACAUCAGUUUAUUUGCCUCCUGACUGAGACUCCCGUGGUUGGAAAAUAGACUAUACAUGCUUGUAGAGUUUGAAAUAAUUAUUUAAUCUAUUAACAUUUGUUACGAGAUGAUGGAAUUUGAAGACAAAUUUCAAAAUAAAGAUGAGUAUGACGUAUAGUUGGUGAUAGUCUUAUCCUGGCAUUAUAUAAAACAUCGAAUUUAAAUUCAAGAUCGAAUGUUAUAUAGAUAUAAAACCACUAAAAUGGAAUUGUAUUGUAUAUGUAAGGACAAUCUUAGAAGUAGUGAUUAAUAUGAUAGUUUCAUGUCGCCAUGAUUAAGGCUUGAUAUAGGCUUCAGUAAAACAUUAAUGAUGACUUUUUAUAUAGCUUUUGAGUAAUGAAUAUUUAUUUCAUAAGACAAUAAGAUAGACGUUCAUAUUAGUCAAUCGAUUUAUGUGAAGUUAUGUAUGAAACUGAUAAAACAACUGAAAGGCAUGUUUUCAUGAAAUUGUGAUAUUUAAAACAGUUAGGAAAAUGUUAUUUGUGAGAGAAAUAAUCUUUCGCGUGUUCGAUGAAAAAUAUCAUUAAAGUAAGAUGGAUGAUUUCAUAGGAUUCCUGUUUACUAAUCUUUACGAUUUUUUUAAUGUAAAUACUUUGUCUAAGUUUAGGUAAACUCCGCGUACAAUAUUAAAUUGUCACAUAUUAA